UCCGAAAUUCCUAAUUUGAAAUCAAUCCAACAAGCAAUGACACGAUCAACAACCUUCCAUAGAUAUCCCAGAGCCACCGAAAAGUGGGUCCUUUCACAAUAUCUCCGCUUUCCGCUAGUCUGAUUUUCUCCUCUUCGUCCGCAUCGUAGAACUGUACUCCUUUUUCAUCGCCCAGGAAAAGGAAAGAAAAUGAAGCUAAGAUAUGCAAUGGUGUGUUCUUCUAAUCAGAAUAGAAGUAUGGAAGCUCAUUUCUUGUUAAAAAAACAAGGAUUCAAUGUUUCAUCUUAUGGGACUGGUUCCCAUGUUAAGCUUCCUGGACCUUCUAUUAGAGAACCUAAUGUUUAUGAAUUUGGUACUCCUUAUAAGCAAAUGUUUGAAGAGUUACACCGUAAAGAUCCCGAAUUGUACAAGCGUAAUGGCAUAUUACCAAUGCUAAAGCGGAAUUUAUCUGUUAAACUUGCUCCUCAACGCUGGCAAGAUAAUGCUCUUGAUGGUGCUUUUGAUGUGGUAAUUACAUUUGAAGAAAAGGUCUUUGAUAUGGUUGUUGAAGAUCUUUACAACCGUGAACCUAUACUUAUGAAGCCUGUUGCCGUAAUAAAUCUUGAGGUAAAAGACAAUCAUGAAGAGGCAGCCAUUGGUGGUCGCCUUACACUUGAAUUAUGCCAAGAGAUUGAAGCUACUGAAUCCUGGGAGAAUAGCAUAGAUGAGAUCAUCGCUGGUUUCGAGAGAAAUCAAAGACGAAAGAUCGUCUAUACCAUUUUGUUUUAUUGAGCAUGCAAAUGGAUGUUCAAGUUUUGACGGAUUGGUUUUCCAACCAUUCCUGAACGGAUAAAGUUUAACCACCAUGCUGAUGGAAUAGUUUCAAAAACGAAAAACACUGGAAGCUGUGCAUAUGCACGAAGAAUCGGUAACAGAUCUCGCCACGCAUCAGUACUGGUAAUGCUCUCUAAAACGUCGUUUGGUAUAUCAGUUUUACCUAUGUAUGAACGCUGUUUCGGAUCACUCAUUGAUGUAAAGAUGAAAGUUUUUGUUGGGUUGAUCAUAUUUAUGAGUUAACUUGGUGUAUUAUGUAAAACUGAAUAUGACAUUUUCCCGUUUCCAACGAUUCGGGAAAUAUUAAUGGCUAUGUGGCUUGGGUGAGAAUCAGAAGACAUCACUUCCUCGA